AAUGAAAGUCAUUACUUAUUUUACAAUUAUAUAAUAAAUUAAUAGUACGACUAAAUCCCGUUCGUAAAUCAUAAAUUGUUGGAAGGGGGAAUCCCAAAAGGCAGAUCAAUGUUUGUGUAACCAUAAUAACAGCCGUUCGUUCAUACGAAAGAGAUAUGUUCAUUCAUAAAAGCGACCGCUACUUUCUUCACAAACUACUGAAAGAAUUAUUGCAGAAUUACAAUAUGUGAAAAAUACAUUAAGUAGUCGGUUUGUGAUUGUUGCAAAUAAACAUUAAAACAGGAUGUCUCGUAAAUGUCUCAGUAUUGUUGAGUAUUAUGCUCAAGAAGAAGUACAUGCGUGUGGUUACUGCAAAAGUCCAGAUACAAAUUUUAGUCAUGGCAUGUGGGCACACUAUUUGACAGUUCAUGAUUAUCAAAACUUAAUAGACAGAGGAUGGAGAAGAAGUGGUAGUUAUUGUUAUAAACCUACAAUGGAUCAAACAUGUUGUCCAAUGUAUACUAUCAAGUGUGAAGUUUCGAACUUUAAAAUCUCCAAGUCACAAAAAAAAAUUUUAAAACGUAUGACUAAAUUUUUAAAAAAUGAACUAAAGAAAGAUGAUAUUAUGGAUACAAAUGAUGAACGACAAGAUAUUACUGAUAUAAAUUUCGAAGAAAUUCCGAAUAAGCCCACAACACUAGCGCAAAAAGAUAUUAUCAAAUUAAAUGUAUCAUCUAUAGAUAACGAACCUAAUGAAAAAUUAAAUCCUAAUGUGUUAAAAUGUAGCAAGAAUGUUUGUGAUUUAAAGAAAGAAUCAGAUUUAGACAGUAGUACUUCUAUGACUAAUUCUGAUGGAAGUAUACCCGUUGCUUUAAAAACAAGUACAAUACAAGGAAGUCAUAAUUCUAGCAAUAUACCUUGUAAAAAAGCAAAACUUUUACGCAUAGAACGGAAACAAAAGAAACUUUUAGCUCAAGGGAAAUCAUUAAAAGAAAUUGAGACUGCCUUUAAAGAAAGCAAGCAACAAAAUAAUGUUAAAACUUUGGAAGAACUUUUUGAAGAAAUAUGGACUGGAACCAAAAAAUUAGAGCUGAAAUUAGUUAGAACCUCGCCGAUGAGCUCUGGGUAUCUAAUAUCUUCAAAAAAAUCUUAUGAGGUCUAUAGAAAAUAUCAAAACACAAUACACCGGAUUCCAACAGAGAAGAUUACAGAGCAACAGUAUACAAGAUUUCUUGUGAGAUCUCCAUUACAGAUAAAAUUAUUGAGGGUAAUGACAGAAGAAUUUCUUAAAACUCUUGAUAGAAGUGCAAAUCUUUACCAAAAAUAUCAAAUGGCGGUUCACGGAGAUGAACCACAGGAAUGUAAUAAAAAAACAUUUGUCAAUUUUCUUGUAAAGAGUCCUUUGCAGGAAUGGACACCUGAAAAUGGCCCACCUCAAGGGUAUGGUUCCUUUCACGAGCAAUACUGGUUGGACAAUGAACUGAUUGCUAUUGGUGUUAUAGAUAUUUUGCCAUCGUGUGUUUCAAGUGUAUAUUUCUUUUAUGAUCCAGAAUAUUCUUUUCUUUCUUUAGGGACAUUCAGUUCCUUAAGAGAAAUUUACUUAACAAGACAUCUUAAUAAAAUCGCAAGUAAUUUAAAAUAUUACUACAUGGGAUUUUAUAUACAUACUUGCCCCAAGAUGCGAUACAAAGCUAGAAUGAAACCGUCUAAGCUUUUAUGUCCAGAAACUUAUGUUUGGUGCGACAUCGAACCUUGUUUAGCAAAUUUAGAUAAAAAUAAGUAUUGUAGAUUCAAUGAGGAUAUAGAUGCCAUAGAUGAAGAUGGUAUAGUGGAUAUUAAUAAGAUAUUAAUUUUAUAUCGUGAGAUAGCAAUGCCUUAUGAAAUUUAUAAAAUACGUGCGAAUAAAGAGACUGUAAAACGAGAAGAAAACGAAUUAAAAAUGUACGCUAGCCUAGUUGGAAUGAAAUGUGCGCAAAGUCUACUUCUUUAUCGUAGCUAAUUUCUAAAAAAAUAAAUGACAUUGUUUUUCCGAGAG